AAGGAAGAUGGAUAUAAUUCAAGGUAAAGGUCGCACGAAGAAAAGGGCGUGUCUACUGGACUCAUGGACUGCGGUAUAAAAGGGACUCACUUGAUGACCGGAGCAUCACACUUCUACCUCCAUUAUGUUCAUUAAGACUGUCGUUGCCCUCGCCCUCGUGGCCGUUGCUGCCUCUGCUCCUUCUCAACCAGCCUAUGGUUAUGCUCCUCAGCCUACCUACGAGGCCCCUGCCAAGUAUGACUUCAACUACGCCGUGAAGGACGACUACUCUGGCAACGACUUCGGUCAUCAGGAGGCCCGUGAUGGCUACGACACUCAAGGUUCCUACUACGUUCUUCUUCCCGACGGUCGCCUGCAGAAGGUCGCCUACACUGUCAAUGGCGACACCGGUUUUGUGGCUGAGGUUAGCUACGACGGUGAGGCCCAGUACCCAGAGUACAAGCCUGCUUCUGCCUACAAGCCUACACCUGCUUACAAACCUGUCCCUGCCUACGAGCCUGCUCCUACCUACGAGACCACCCCAACCUACGCCUAGAUGAACUAAACUUAAAAAUAAUUCUGAUAGAUAUUUAUUAAACUGAAAUUCUA